AAUGUAAUGUGCAGUUAGAAACAAAUAGAUACCCUCAAUAGAAGUUUUUCACAUAGACUUAUCUAGCACGUCCACGCUUAUCUAUGCUUGACGAAAUAACUCCACGUGCCCUCUUCCUACCCUUGGCUUAGUAAGCGGUUUCAAAGACCGUGAUUUCUGCUUCAUCAUUUCGAACUUUUUGAAUGUAAAGCUUUGGUGCAAGCCUCACGCCUCUAAAAUAUCUAGAGCUGCGUCUUGUCUUUGAAAAUCACCAACACAUUCGUAUUCGUUAUCACGAAACGCCGUUUUAUAUCGACAUUUCGCUGGUAACCUCGCGAGAUAAGAGCAUCUUGGCCCGUAUCAGUCGUUCGCUGAUUACGUACCCAAAUGGACUGGUUUGUGGCGCCUGAAAAGGCAUUUCGGAAUCCAACAACGGCAACAUGUUUGUGAACAAUCCGCGCGGUGAGCAAUGCCCGUUUACUGGGUUCGAGGAUGUUGGGAGCCAGUGGUUUGGGCCGCCGCCAGUGCAGUUCAGGCAGGGGUUUGAGUACCGCGGUCCGUCAGUGCAGUGCUUAAGUGAUUACUACCCGGUUGGGCAGCGUUACAGUCAGUUUCCGGGGCAUUUGCCGUCGGUGCCGCUGCAUCAUGGUGUUCCUCAGUAUCCUCUGGCCAAGCUGCCCUGCAAGCAGCAGCCGGGCUGGGACUACUCCAGCAUGUGUUACAAUGUGGACGGGCAGCCCUGCCAGUACACCAGCGUCGUGGACCUCGAGGAUAUGCUAAACAAUGACAAGCGCAAGGAGAAGUCGCGCGUGGCGGCGCGCUGUCGCCGCAACAAAGAAGUCCAGAUAUUCUCGGAGCUCACAGCAGCCCUACCCGCUAGGAAGGAGGAUGUGGAGCAACUGGACAAGGCUUCCAUCAUGAGGCUCGCCAUAUCGUACCUGAAAGUGCGGGAUGUCGUCGCUUUACUUCCAGAAUCCACCGCCAAGACCGCCGAGCCCCAGCCUCCAUCCCUGGACGAAGUAUGCUCAACUCUAUCGCAGCAGUCCCUGGAGGAAGUAUGCUCGUCUCUGUCGCACCUUCGCGCGCUGGACGGCUUCGGCAUCGUGCUGUCUCGCCAGGGCGACGUGGUCUACUGCAGCGAGAAUAUAGCGGAGCAUCUCGGUGUGUCUCAGAUGGAAAUCAUGGGCCAAAGCGUGUUCGAGUUCAGUCACCCGUGCGAGCACGACGAGAUACGCGACGCUCUGCGCGGGGGAGCGGGACGGCGACAGCUGCUGCUGCGGUUCAAAUGUACAUUGACGGGAAAGGGACGGAAUGUGUAUCUCAAGUCCGCCUCUUACAAGGUGAUCAAACUCUCCGGUCACCUCCUGGUCCCUACCAACGACACAUCGGGCGGCGCUCUCGUGGCCGCCGGCUGCCCCAUACCGCAGGGUGCGGGGGGCGCGGGGGGCGCGGGGGCGGUCAGCAAACAUAAUACUGAUAUGACCUUCACUAGUGCUGAUGAUGGGCUCUGCUCGGCUCUGGGCUACUCCCCGGAGGAGCUGGUGGGGCGCUCGCUGUACGAGUACCACCACGCCGGCGACAGCGCCGCGCUCGCGCAGCAGUUCAAAGCACUAUUCUCCAAGGGACAAUGCGAGACAGGCCAGUACCGCUUCCUGGCCAAGAGUGGCGGGUACGCGUGGGUACAGACGCAGGCCACGCUCGUCACCGACAAGCAACAGAAGCCCGUCGCCGUCGUCUGCGUCAACCAUCUCAUCAGCGGUAUCGAGUGCAGAGAUGAGGUGUUCGCCGCCCACCAGCUGCAACAUGCGGACCUGAAGCCUCCGCUGGACGAGGAACCCGCGCUUGAGGUGCCCACCGCGGCGCCCGAGGAGGAGAGACCCAUACCCGUCACUGAAUCUAUCUUUGCGCCGCGCAAUAAGGAAAUGAAUGAAGGAUUUCUCAUGUUCUCUCAGGACGAGGGUAGAACAAUGUUUAAGGAGGAGCCUGAAGAUCUGACGCACCUGGCGCCGACCGCCGGCGACGCGUGCAUCCCGCUCGAGAACAACGUGUUCGAGAUGCUGGACGAGUUCAUACUGAGCGACAACUACUGCAGCGGCUUCCUGGGGGACGCGGGCUCGCCCGGGGACUCGCUGGGCGACUCGCUCGCCGGGGACCCCUUCCUCAUCUCCUCGCCCGAGACACAGACGGACUCGUCAUGCGAACAGUCGUUUCUACUGACAGAGCUGUCGCUGGACGCGUUCGACGCGCGCUCGGACGAGCUGGACGGCGGCAAGUCGCCCUUCAUCCCCAUGGCGGACGAGCUGCCGCUGCUGGAGCCGGCCGUGAUGUGGGGCGCGCUGCCCGAGGGCGUGAGCCUCGCCAAGCCCGCGCCGUCCGAGCCCGCGCCCGCGCCCGCGCUGCGCUCCCUGCUGGCCGCGCCCCCCACCGGCCCACCGCCGCACGAUCUCAUCACCAAUAUAUACUCAGAUCAAGGUCUGAUCCCCAGCAGAGCGGUGUCGUCGUGGGACACGGGCGUGAAGCGCGUGAUCAAGCAGGAGGAGGCGCCGGCGGCCAAGCGCGCACGCCGCAGCCCCUCCCCCCCGCGCGCCCCGCAGCCCGCCCCGCAGCCCGCAGCGCCGCGCUCCAGCGUGCUCAUGAACCUGCUGGAUAUACCCCGUCCGGCCCAGCCGAUACCGAGCCGGGUGACUCUGCAGCCGACCGCCAACGUUGGACCUAUUGGACCCCAGCAGCUCCUCAUGCAGACACGGAAACUGUCGCCACACGCCGCCACCCCCACCGUCACACAAGUACCCAAGAUCCAGGUAUCACCAACAACGGCCAACACCAUCCGUCCAAUCACCAACCCUAUGUCGCCGCUAAGCCUAAGCAUAGACACGUCAAUGUACGGAGUGUAUGGAAGAAAUUGCAGCCCAGCCAUAAGUCCGGCACAGAAGGAACGCCUGCUAAGCCCGUAUUCGACACCACCAUCAAUGUCACCGGCUGAAAAAUACACUAUUUACAGCCCCAGUGGCACCCCAACGCAGGUCUUACAAAGCAAUUGUGACCCGUACCUGACGAAUAAGUCAGUGAGUCCAUCGAUUGGGCUUCAGAGGGAUACACAACAGGAAAUGUUAAUGGAUCCUUCAAUGGCGGCAGACUUCUGGUCAGACGCUGACAUGAUCCUGACAGCGUUUGACGAUGUCAGACUAUAGUAGUGUAGGCUGCAUUGUGAGUGAAACGGGGUAGUUUUUGUAGGGUGCUGUAAAUUGUUGUGCAAAGGAGGAUAAAUUAUGUAAAAAUACUGAUAUAGUGACUAAGAGGUUUAUUAGGUUUCAGAAGCCUAUUAAUGAUGCGUUUUGAAUUAAAUGAUGGUUUUUUUCUGAUUUGUGAGUGUUCUUGAAAAUAAUUAAUUUCCAUGCCACGGUUAGUUCAAAACGUAUCACAAGUUGGUAUACCUUCAUAAAUUAG